CAGCGCAUGCGCAGUCCGGGCCCGUCGUCUCAGCUGUGCGGAAAGGGCUGGGGUAACCUCCCGGGCUCGGAGGAGCCUGUCGGGGUCAUGGCCGCCCGCUGACAGGGCUCGCCGAGUGGAGAAGGGGGCGAGGGCGUACCGCUGCACCCUUCCCCAGGCCUGAGGCCGGUCGGCCUGGCCCUCGGCCUUCCCGCUUGGUGCUGCCGCCGCCACUGCCGGCUGAGGAGUGGAGAUGAGUUGGUUCAACGCCUCCCAGCUCUCCAGCUUCGCUAAGCAGGCCCUGUCCCAGGCCCAGAAGUCCAUCGACAGGGUGCUGGACAUCCAGGAAGAGGAGCCGAGCGCCUGGGCCGAGACCAUUCCAUACGGAGAGCCGGGAAUAAGUCCUUCUGUCAGUGGAGGAUGGGAUACUUCAACCUGGGGGUUAAAAUCAAGCACUGAACCUCAGAGUCAACCGGUAGCCUCUCCUAAAGCGAUUACAAAGCCAGUUCGGAGAACUAUGGUAGAUGAAUCUGAAAAUUUCUUCAGUGCCUUUCUCUCUCCAACGGAUGUCCAGACCAUCCAGAAGAGUCCAGUGGUAUCAAAACCGCCAGCUAAAUCACAGCGACCAGAAGAAGAAGUGAAAAGCACCUUACAGGAAUCCUUGCACACUGGACAGUCAAGAACAGCUGAAACAACUGAGUCAAAAGUUAAAGAUUCUUCUCCCUGUGUUGUAUCGAAGGAAACUCUGGCAGUAGAUACUCCAUCACCUAAAACAGAGGGCAAGCAUGAAGAAACUGUUAAUAAAGAAUCUGAUAUGAAGGGGUCAACCAUACCUUUGAAAGUAUCUGAAAGUGUAAUUACUGUGAAAACCACCAGGGAAAAUGUGUCUAAUAUGUCUACACAGUCUCUCACAGCAGAAACAAAGGACAUGGCUUUGGAACCUAAGGAACAAAAGCAUGAAGACAGACAGAGCAAUACACCUUCUCCUCCGGUUAGUACCUUCUCAUCAGGUACUUCUACCACCAGUGAUAUCGAAGUUUUAGAUCAUGAAAGUGUAAUAAGUGAGAGCUCAGCAAGUUCGAGACAAGAGACUACAGAUUCAAAAUCAAGUCUUCACUUAAUGCAGACGUCUUUUCAGCUUCUCUCAGCAUCUGCUUGUCCUGAAUAUAAUCGUUUAGAUGAUUUCCAAAAACUCACUGAGAGUUGCUGCUCAUCUGAUGCUUUUGAAAGAAUAGACUCGUUUAGUGUACAGUCAUUAGAUAGCCGUAGUGUAAGCGAAAUCAAUUCAGACGAUGAAUUGUCAGGCAAGGGAUAUGCUUUAGUACCUAUUAUAGUUAAUCCUUCAACUCCAAAGACUAAAAUAGUUGAAUCUGUUGAAGGAAAAUCUGAAGAAGUAGUAAAUGAAGCGUUAAUUAUACCUACUGAGGAAGCAGAAAUGGAAGAAAGUGGACGAAGUGCAACUCCUGUUAAUUGUGAACAGCCUGAUAUCUUGGUUUCUUCUGCACCAAUGAAUGAAGGACAUACUGUCUUAGACAAGGUGGCUGAGGAGGGUGAAGCUGCGGAAAGUCAGCCAGAAGCGCUUUCUGAGAAAGAUGUUUGCAAGACAGUUGAAUUUCUGAAUGAGAAACUGGAUAAAAGGGAGGCCCAGUUAUUAUCUCUUAGUAAAGAAAAAGCACUUCUAGAAGAAGCUUACGAUAAUCUGAAAGAUGAAAUGUUCAGAGUGAAAGAAGAAAGCAACAGCAUUUCUUCCUUGAAGGAUGAGUUUACUCAAAGAAUUGCAGAAGCAGAAAAGAAAGUUCAGCUAGCCUGCAAAGAGAGAGAUGCUGCUAAAAAGGAAAUCAAAAAUAUAAAAGAAGAACUUGCCACUAGACUAAAUAGUAGUGAAACUGCAGACCUUUUGAAAGAGAAAGAUGAGCAGAUCCGAGGGUUAAUGGAAGAAGGAGAAAAACUUUCAAAACAGCAGCUGCAUAAUUCUAACAUCAUUAAGAAAUUAAGGGCUAAAGACAAGGAAAAUGAAAAUAUUAUUGCAAAACUGAGCAAAAAAGUUAAAGAGCUAGAAGAAGAGUUGCAACAUUUAAAACAGGUGCUUGAUGGCAAAGAAGAGGUUGAGAAACAACACAGAGAAAAUAUUAAAAAACUAAAUUCUGUGGUAGAACACCAAGAGAAGGAUCUUGGCCGACUUCAGGUAGACAUGGAUGAACUUGAAGAAAAGAACCGAAGUAUUCAGGCUGCUCUUGAUAGUGCAUACAAAGAACUGACUGAUCUCCACAAAGCCAAUGCUGCAAAGGAUAGUGAGGCACAGGAAGCUGCUCUAAGUCGUGAAAUGAAAGCUAAAGAAGAACUUUCUGCAGCGCUAGAGAAGGCCCAAGAAGAAGCCCGUCAGCAGCAAGAAACAUUAGCAAUUCAAGUGGGGGACCUUAGGCUGGCACUGCAACGUGCAGAACAAGCAGCUGCCAGAAAAGAGGAUUAUUUACGUCAUGAGAUCAGUGAACUCCAACAGAGACUCCAGGAAGCAGAGAAUAGAAACCAAGAACUGAGUCAAAGUGUUUCAUCAACAACAAGACCAUUGCUUCGACAGAUAGAAAAUUUGCAAGCAACUCUAGGAUCCCAGACAUCGUCGUGGGAGAAGUUGGAGAAGAGUCUUUCUGAUAGGCUUGGUGAAUCCCAGACCUUGUUGGCAGCAGCAGUAGAAAGAGAACGUGCGGCUACAGAAGAACUCCUUGCCAACAAAAUUCAGAUGUCUUCCAUGGAGUCACAGAAUUCUCUCUUAAGACAGGAAAACAGUAGAUGUCAGGCCCAGCUAGAAUCAGAGAAAAAUAGGCUAAGAAAACUGGAAGAUGAAAAUAAUAGGUACCAGAUUGAAUUAGAAAACCUAAAAGAUGAAUAUGUAAGAACACUUGAAGAGACAAGGAAAGAAAAGACACUGUUGAAUAGUCAGUUAGAAAUGGAGAAAAUGAAAGUGGAACAAGAAAGGAAGAAAGCAAUUUUCACUCAAGAAGCAAUAAAAGAAAAGGAUCGGAAGCCAUUUUCUGUUUCUAGCACUCCCACGAUGUCCCGCUCGAGUUCAAUAAGUGGAGUUGAUAUGGCAGGGCUACAGACAUCUUUCAUGUCUCAGGAUGAGCCUCAUGAUCACUCAUUUGGACCAAUGUCUGUAUCGGCAAAUGGAAGCAAUCUUUAUGAUGCUGUAAGGAUGGGAGCAGGAUCAAGCAUUAUCGAAAAUCUACAGUCUCAGUUAAAGCUAAGGGAAGGAGAAAUUACUCAUUUACAGCUAGAAAUCAGCAAUCUAGAAAAAACUCGCUCAAUAAUGGCUGAAGAGCUAGUUAAAUUAACAAAUCAAAAUGAUGAACUUGAAGAGAAAGUGAAGGAGAUACCCAAACUUCGAACUCAGCUACGAGAUUUGGAUCAAAGAUACAACACUAUUCUGCAGAUGUAUGGAGAAAAAGCAGAAGAGGCAGAAGAACUUCGAUUAGAUCUUGAAGAUGUAAAAAAUAUGUAUAAGACUCAAAUAGAUGAACUUUUAAGACAAAGGCUCAGUUAACUUCUGAAAAUUACAUUCCUAUCAAACUGAAUGUAAACAUUUAAUAUCUAAAGGCAGACUUCCAAUAAAUUCUUUUAUAGAAUUAGAAAGUGGAAUUUACUGUAGAGUUCAAAAAUUGAAAAAAUAAUUGUUUUAUAGUAUAGUAAUAUUUGCAGUUAAAUUAUUUUGUGCAAUAUUUGAACUUUAUUUUUGAAACUAUUCUUUAAAAAUUUAUUUUUUAAAGUGUUCUUUUUUUUUUUUUUGCCUUGACUAGCACAGAGAUUUAUUACUUUAUCUUCAUAUCAAUAUGGUUAGGGAAGGAGAAUGAUGUUCAUAUAUGUAUUGUAGAUAUAUAACUAAUUGUAUCUAUAAUUUGUAUGUGUUUGUAUAUAUUGAAAACAUUUAAAGAAUGAUGUUAACAUAUUGAAACUUUGAAAUCUUUCACACAACUCUUUAAUGUAUCUAAUUACUACUCAUGAAAAUGGACAUUAAGUGAUCAAGUAAAAAAAUUAUUAAACUUGCAGUUAUUACAUUUUGAACUAAUUUUUUUUCUUUUAAAGUAGAAGUCACACUGACACUGUCUGAAGUUUAAAGGGUGAAUAAUUUAAACUUUAAAAUUUUGUGGUCUGAAUACUUAUUUCCCCCAGAUUCCAUGAUUAAGUCUGUACAAAUUUUGGUACCUAUCUUGAAAAAGCUAUAGCUAUUCAAAGUUAUCUAGGCAUAAUUGAUAGUGGAAAAAAUUUACUUAUAAUGAUUUUGUGUUGGUAUCAGUAAGAUUUAGGUGAUUUUGAAAAGGUAUUGUUUUACUACCUUAUAAAACGAAUCAAAAGUAAUAAAAUUAUUAACAUAAUUUUCUCUUUAAAAAUUGUUCACAUUUUGUAAAGCUUUAUUUUUGGCACAUUAAAAAUGAAUGAUAUUACAGAAUAUUCGUAACAAAAUAGAGAAAUUAUGGGAGUUAAUUUAAAUUUGGCAUUUGCAAUUCUGUGUAAUUUAUCAUUUUAUUUUUUUCUUGAACCUUUAAACACAAAAAUAGGGUGGAAUAGCUUUAAAAAAUAGCUAUGCUUUCUUCCAACUGUUUGUUCAAAAUUAACUGGGCUGUGUUUUAGACUUGUGAAAUAUUUUGAUACAUUUUAUUACUGAAAGUCAUUUGGCUGCCUUUACUUGCAAAUAAAAACUCUCAUUUAAUUUUUAGUUGAAUUUUAAACACUAUAACUUUGAAAUAUAGUUACAAGUAAGCCAUGUUGAUGAAUUUGGAAUGCUUUUCAGGGCAAUUCAAGUGACCUCAUUUUAGUUCUUUUUGUAUUCCAGACAGUAUUUCUGUCGUGGGAUCUCUGAUUUGUAGCAUUAAUAAAUAUUCUUUCAAUGUGA